CGGCCCCGCCGCCCCCGCCAAGAGCGGUCGCAGCGUCGGCGGCUGGAACAUGGCCCCCAACACGCAGUACCACAUCCAGACGGACGAAGGCCCGGAAAGGUACUUCAAGUACCAGACCAUCAGCGGGCAGUACCGCAAGGAGAAGCGCCUGCAGGACGGCACCGUGGUGGGCACCUACGGCUGGGUGGACCCCAACGGCUACCUGCGCCUGCGGGACUACGUGGCGGACAACACGGGCUACCGCGUGCUCAAGACCAAGAUGGUGUUCGUGGGCAAGGACGAGUCCGUGGGCAACGCCGUCUCCAAGGCCAAAUACGUGCCCAGCCAGGGCGGCUCAGCCUACGUGCCGCCGCACAGCACGGCGCCCGCCACCACGCCCGCGCCCUACACCACCCAGCCCUACUCGCCCUUCAGCAAUCCCCUGCUGUACCCGAGCCUCGCCACGCCGCCCUCCAACUCGCUGGCCGGCAGC